AUGUUUGGAGUAGGAGGUGGCCUCCUGGAGUACCGAGCUAGUCUGCUGGCUGGGAAGGGUUUUGCUGUGAUGGCUCUGGCUUAUUACAACUAUGAAGACCUCCCCAAGGGCAUGGAGAACCUCCACCUGGAGUACUUUGAAGAAGCUGUCGACUACCUGCGCAAUCACCCUCAGGUAAAGGGCCCAGGCAUCGGGCUUUUGGGCAUUUCUCUAGGGGCUAAUAUUUGUCUCUCGAUGGCCUCAUUCUUAAAGAAUGUCUCAGCCACAGUUUCCAUCAAUGGAUCUGCGUUCACUGGAAACAUAGGCAUACAUUAUAAACAGACUAGCAUCCCACCAUUGGGCCAUGACCUGAGGAGAACCAAGGUAGCUUUCUCAGGCCUCCUGGACAUUGUGGAUAUACGGAAUGAUACGGUCGGAGGAUGUGAGAAUCCCAGCAUGAUUCCAAUAGAGAAGGCCCAGGGUCCCAUCCUCUUCAUUGUUGGUCAGGAUGACCACAACUGGAGGAGUGAGUUAUAUGCUCAAGGAGCCUCUCAACGGUUACAGGCACAUGGAAAGGAAAAACCCCAGAUCAUCUGUUACCCUGGGACUGGGCAUUACAUCGAGCCUCCUUACUUCCCCAUGUGCCCAGCUUCCUUUCACAUAUUACUGAACAAACCUGUGAUCUGGGGUGGGGAGCCCAGGCCUCAUUCCAAGGCCCAGGUAGAUGCUUGGAAGCAAAUUCUGUCCUUCUUCUGCAAACACCUGGGAGGUACUCAGAAGAGAGCUAUUCCCAAACUGUAAUGCAUUUGUCUGUUGUUAACCUGAGAGAUUCAAGGUCAGAUUGUAGUCUUCAGUAACCCUGUGUGAAUCGGAUAUGUCAUGGAUAACAUUAAAUCCAUGUCUUUGCCAUUAAUGGUGUAUUUUAGGUAACUUUAUUAAAUAAGUUUUGUCAUUAAUUUUACUAAUGUAACACAUA